AUGAAAGUGUACCACAUCAGGGCGAUACCUGGCUUCAACUGCGAGCGAGCAUCUCCAAGUCAGCCAGCGUCCCAAGUGGCAGCGGAGAAAGCCGCGAGAAGCGGAUACGUGGGAAGCGGAGACCGGGAAGCACAGCCCCGCGAGCCGGCACCUGCGCGCUGCGCCCCGCCGCCGGGAUCCUGCGAGGGCGGCCGCGUCCGCGACGCUUGUGGCUGCUGCGAGGUGUGCGGCGCGCCCGAGGGGGCCGAGUGCGGCCUGCAAGAGGGUCCCUGCGGCGAGGGGCUGCAGUGCGUGGUGCCCUUCGGAGUGCCAGCCUCGGCCACGGUACGGCGGCGAGCGCAAUCUGGCCUCUGCGUGUGCGCCAGCAACGAGCCGGUGUGCGGCAGCGACGCCAAAACCUACGCCAACCUGUGCCAGCUGCGCGCCGCCAGCCGUCGCUCCGAGCGGCUGCAUCAGCCUCCGGUCAUCGUCCUGCAGCGCGGCGCCUGCGGCCAAGGUCAGGAAGAUCCCAACAGUCUGCGCCAUAAAUACAACUUUAUUGCCGACGUCGUGGAGAAGAUAGCUCCUGCCGUGGUUCACAUCGAACUGUUUCGCAAGCUUCCUUUUUCUAAGAGGGAAGUGCCAGUGGCGAGCGGGUCUGGAUUCAUCGUGUCCGAAGAUGGACUGAUUGUGACAAACGCCCAUGUGGUGACCAACAAGCACCGGGUCAAAGUCGAGCUGAAGAACGGCGCCACCUAUGAGGCCAAGAUCAAAGACGUAGACGAGAAGGCGGACAUUGCCCUUAUCAAAAUCGACCACCAGGGGAAGCUGCCCGUGCUACUGCUUGGCCGAUCCUCAGAGCUGCGGCCGGGAGAGUUCGUGGUCGCCAUCGGGAGUCCGUUUUCCCUCCAAAACACGGUCACCACUGGGAUCGUCAGCACCACCCAGCGCGGUGGCAAGGAACUGGGGCUCCGGAACUCCGACAUGGACUACAUCCAGACAGACGCCAUCAUCAACUAUGGAAACUCCGGAGGUCCAUUAGUAAACCUGGAUGGUGAAGUGAUUGGAAUUAACACACUCAAAGUGACAGCUGGAAUCUCCUUUGCAAUUCCAUCUGAUAAGAUUAAAAAGUUCCUAACGGAAUCCCAUGAUCGACAAGCCAAAGGCAAAGCCAUCACCAAGAAGAAGUAUAUCGGCAUCCGAAUGAUGUCACUCACACCCAGCAAAGCCAAGGAGUUGAAGGAUCGCCACCGAGACUUCCCCGAUGUACUUUCAGGAGCGUAUAUCAUUGAAGUAAUUCCUGAUACCCCCGCAGAAGCGGGGGGGCUCAAGGAAAAUGAUGUCAUCAUCAGCAUCAAUGGACAGUCGGUGGUCUCCGCCAACGACGUCAGCGACGUCAUUAAGAAGGAAAGCACCCUGAACAUGGUUGUCCGCCGGGGCAACGAAGACAUUAUGAUCACCGUGAUUCCCGAAGAAAUUGACCCGUAGGCAGAGGCAUGAGCUGGACUCCAUGUUUCCCUCAGAGACUCUCCGGUGGACGAUGCUCAGUGACUCUGGGGCUGGUGGCACCGGAUGCCCAAGACUUGACUGCCAUGUUGCUUGUUCCGCAGAAACACUGGCCAGCAGAACCCUUCUUGGUAGUUUGCAGGCAAAAGCCAAUGUAAAACGUUGUAGACCCGCAGGCAGAAGCUCUCCCUUCUGUAUCCUAUGUACGCAGUGUGCUUUUUCUUGCCAGCUUGGACCGUCCCUGCUCGGACAGUCAGCAUUUGUCUUCUCCUUUAACCGAGUCACCAUCUUAGUCCAGCUAAAGCUGUUGCUGUAACGCAUAGAUAAGAGGAAGGUCCCAUGGGAGCCAGGAUGGUACCAGGCGUGUUUAUGCUUUCUUCCGAGUCAGCACCCAGAGGAGGGAGAUGCUGAGACAACGGGAGGGUGAGCGCUGGCUUCCGGAAUGGCCACAGUUGCCUCUUUUAGGAAUCUCUUCAGAACUGGGAGCACAGUGACUUGGAGUUUGAGUUAUUAAAAUACUUGUUCAUACUU